GCCGCGCGGUAAACGUUGUAUUCGGUAUGUGGCCCGUUCGUCUGCUUCGACUUCUAACACGGCUUGUUAUUAUCAGUUAACCGGGGGACGAACCGAGUUCGACGACGCGACACGUGUGCCCGGUUAUUCCAAGAAUUCGCCUGAUAUAUACAUACUCGAGUUAUUCUUCGUAAACCGAAAAAAAACGUACACACAUUUCAACCCCUGUUAUCGUUUCGCGAGACGAAAAAAUAUCGAAAGAAACACGCACAAGAAGAACGUCGAAGAACGUCGAACGUGAAAAAUCUAUUUCGUUCGAGUGACAAUCGAAGAGUUUUUAUAUAAUAAUGUGUGACCUAGAAAAAAUACUGACCGGCUUGAAACGCUGGAGAGAUUAGAUAAAAGGAGGACUCGUAACGUUGAAACACACGGUGCCACAUGAAAUUCCAUGGAGCACCAGUGUCGAGAAAUCUGACGUUUCAUUGAUACACAAUCUUAACAAACACGUACACACAAGUAUCAUCUCUAUUGUCCACGAUGAAUUCUAUUGAAGACACGCGGACAAAGCCAUAGGUGUGCGCCACUAUAUAUAGCAAUUCCGCGCGCGGUUAUGCCGCGCCAGAAGUGUUCUUAACUGUUUGAUGGGUUUCCUCGGGCGAGAAUAAGUCGAGGACGAAGCGAGGAACUUGGUCAACUUGGUUUCCGCGUGAUGAAGAGAAGAAAGUCACGAUGCUAAGAGUUGGAUCUACAGUGGGCCUGUUGGUCCUAUUGACCAUCGCGAAGAUCGUGGCCUCGAAUCGUUGUUUAACGAUGCUCGAAGAGGCAAAUCCAAAGAGGGGGGUGGUUCACCGGGAUGGACAAUCGUGGAACAUCAAUCUCGAGAUCUCUCGUAGAGUAAGUCAGAGGCUGGCAACCAUAGUCAUGAAGAUUUUCUUAACCGAGGUGCUAGGAUAUUCCGGAGUGUCUACCGUUGAAGUCAAAGACGAGUUUAGAACAAAUGAAACAUUCAUGAGGUUGUCGGAAGACGUGUUGUACAAUGGACCUCCUAUGUCGAUGGUGAACAUGGAGGUCUGGAUCCCGCCUCAGAUGGACACGAUGCCUCUGCUAUACACGCACGACGUGAAGGAAUGUGGAUCCAUUGCUCCACCGGGUCAUUUCGGUUGGUUCGUGCCUGCAGCGUUAUCGAGGCUUGGCGACAGUUGGUUAACCUUCGCCAGCCGUGAAACAGCCGCUCGUUUCGACAUGGACGAGUUCACGUUGGGCAUUGUGAAGAAUUUCACCGUGGACCCUGUUACGAAGACCCACUACUGCCAGGAGUCGUUCUGCCAUCGUGGAAUGUACAUUCCUGAACGUUGUCAGGGAAAACCGUGCGCGCUUCUGUUAACCGGUGAUCCAAUUGUCACCGAUUUCGUCAAGGAUCACAUCGACCAGCUGAAUCUCUACGUGAAAGUGGCAUGGGUCGGUCCGAAUCUGAAGUAUCUGACGGAAACUUUGAGCAGAGAGCUGUUGAUCGGUCUCAACUCGACGGCACGAGCCGCUGACAGGUCCCUGGUGAUCAUGCACUGGACACCUAGCACCGUCGUGCCGAACGAGAGGGACUUCUCCACCAUCGAGUUCCCUCGUUGCGGCGCCAUGAACUCACAGAUCGGUUGCAAGUACGAAUCGAACAGAUUGAUCAAACUAGUCUGGGCAAGGUUGGAGUACAUUGAUAAUGUAGCCUUCGAGGCGUUCAAUCGCGCGAAAUUCACCGGCGAGAUGUACGAAGACCUGAUCAAUCGUCACAACAAACUCUCCGGAAGCGUGAACGAAGAGGAGAUCGCUUGCGGUUGGCUCAGGGACAAUCUAAACUACACUCUGGAUAUGUGGACGCCGAGCAACGUGGACAAGAACAUUCUCUACGUAGGCGGUAUAUUCCCGAUGAACGAGGCAUUCUACUCCGGCAAAUCCAUCCUGAUCGCCUCGAAAAUGGCGAAGGAGGCGAUCAACGUAAAUAACACUCUCCUGAAAAAUUACAAUCUAACGUUGUUGGUGAACGACGGUCAGUGUAAAUCUGACAUGGUCAUGAGAUCGUUCAUUGAUUACAUAGUGCACAAUCAGUACGAGAAGUUGGUGGGUGUUCUUGGACCGGCUUGUUCGGAGACCGUGGAACCGUUGGUCGGUGUUUCCAAGCAUUACAGGACCGUGGUGAUCAGUUACAGCGCGGAAGGAUCUAGCUUCAACGAUCGUACCAAGUAUCCUUACUUCUUCCGCACGAUCGGCGAGAACAAGCAGUACAAGCACGUUUAUCUGGAGUUGUUGAAGAAGCUUGGAUGGAAGAGAGUUGCUUCGUUGACGGAAGAUGGGCAGAAAUAUACGGAGUAUAUCUCGUACAUGCAGGACAUUCUGAGGGAUAAUGGUAUCGUGUUCGUGGCGAACGCUAAGUUUCCGAGGGAACGCGAGGCUGACGUGAUGACCAAGUAUCUGCAAGAUUUCAAGCAGAAGAAAGCGAAGAUCAUCAUCGCUGAUGUGUACGAUCAGGUAGCUCGGCAGGUGAUGUGCGAAGCGUACAGAUUGAAAAUGACUGCUGUCCAGGGCUACGUAUGGUUUUUGCCUCUAUGGCUACGGCCAGAAUGGUACGACACCGAUCGAUACAACAAGAAGGGAGAACAGGUGCCUUGUACCACGGCAGAAAUGAGCAAAGCGGUAAACGGCUACCUCGGCUUAUCUCACGCGUAUUUCGCCCCCGACGACGAUAUGAUGCAAGAGGGUAUAACGGUGAGGCAGUGGCGUGAUCGUUACGAGCGUUAUUGCCAGGAGAAGAAUCAACCACCGUCCAAUUACGCUGGUUUCGCUUACGACGCCAUGUGGACCUAUGCUUACGCUAUGGAUCGACUUUUCCGCGAGAAUCAGAGCUACGUUUUCGAUCUUCACAGCGAGCACACUGUCAACCGGUUGACUGACAUCAUCGGCGAAACGGAUUUCUAUGGGGUGUCUGGGAGGAUCAAAUUCUUCGGCGGUCCUUCGAGGCUCUCGGUCAUCAACAUCGUCCAGCACGUGAACAACGAAACCCGACUGGUCGGUAAUUUCUACCCCAACAUUUCAGAAACGAAGCACGAGGUCGUCGGUGGUAGAUUAGACUUGAACGUCUCAGCCAUUGUCUGGUUAUCGCGUACUAUGCCAGACGAUGGCUCUGAACCACCUCAGCGAUGUGUUAUCGCUGGUUUCGCUGAUUUCUUGAACGUAACGUGCGAAGUCGCGUUCGUAAUCGUCAACAUUCUCGGCAUUUUCCUGUUUGUAGUGAUACUGAUCAUCGGUUUCAUCAUCGUCAAGAGAAAAUACGAAGAGAAGGUACGUCAACACGAGAAGUACAUCAAGAGUCUAGGCUUAGACUUCGCACACGCAGACACUUCUGACCUGGACAAAUGGGAGAUCCCGAAAGACAGAGUGGUUAUCAAUCGUAAAAUAGGCGAGGGUGCUUUUGGAACUGUGUACGGUGGUGAAGCGUUGUUCCCUGACAAAGGAUGGCUCGCUGUGGCUGUGAAAAUGCUGAAAGUUGGAAGCUCCACCGAGGAAAAAUUAGACUUCUUGAGCGAGGUAGAGGUGAUGAAGAGGUUCGAGCAUAAGAACAUCAUCAGACUGUUAGGCGUGUGCAUAAAGAACGAACCUGUGUUAACCGUUAUGGAGUUUAUGCUUUACGGAGACUUGAAGACUUAUCUUCUGGCAAGAAGACAUCUCGUAAACGAUCACAGUUACGAAGACUCGGACGAGAUAUCUAAUAAAAAAUUGACUGCUAUGGCGCUCGAUGUGGCCAGAGCACUCAGUUACCUGGCUCAAAUGAAGUAUGUUCAUAGAGACGUUGCAUCUCGUAACUGCUUGGUUAACGCUCAACGCAUAGUGAAACUCGGUGAUUUCGGUAUGACCAGGCCGAUGUACGAGAACGACUACUAUAAGUUCAAUAGAAAAGGCAUGCUACCAGUGAGAUGGAUGGCUCCAGAAUCUCUGGGUCUAGGUGUCUUUACUCCAGCCUCCGACGUCUGGUCCUAUGGUGUUCUGCUUUACGAAAUCGUCACCUUUGGUAGCUUUCCCUUCCAAGGAAUGAGCAACAACGAGGUGCUGACUCACGUCAAGGCUGGACACUCGUUGAGAGUUCCCAAAGGAGUGAAGCUACAACUAGAAAACUUGAUGUACUCUUGCUGGAGCACAGAGCACACGAAGAGGCCAACGGCCCCCGAGAUCGUCGACUUCCUAGCCACGAAUCCUCGAAUCCUAUCUCCAUGCUUAGACGUUCCUCUGUCCAGCGUGCAGAUCGAGCACACUGGCCAAUUCGAGAUGCAUCUCACGGAGCAUCUGAGGAAAUUCUCCCUCUCGUGGCCUCUUCCGUUUCCUGCCAACAACCAAUCGUCCACAUCGGCGUCCAGUCCAUUGGGUAUACCCAGUCCUCCUCUGCUGGACAUCAACUGCCAGGACGACAAACCGAACCAGGACUCUCUGUUAGGCGACGUGACCUCCUGCGACCUAGAAAGCUCCAGGCCUCUGUUGAUGAGCUCUGGCGAAUCUUCGUCCGGUCCGACGAUCAGCUUGCAGAGCUUCAAGCGAAAGGACGAGCAGGCUCACAGGUACGUGAACAUCCAGCCUGGAUUGUCCACCGGUUUCGACUACUCCGGCGAGAACGACGGGACCAUACAAAUGGAGGAGAGACGCGCCAUGCUGCCGGAGAACAGGAACUCGCAGGACGUGUCGAUUCUCUGACAGCAGCGCAGGCACACGAUUUCGCGGCAGAAAUCGAUGGUGCAUUUCUACAGACGCGCCGAGGGCAUAUUUGGAAAAUAUGCGAGAAGGUCGUAUAGAAAGACGAGCGUCUAGAUCAAUCCGGUUCUCGAUCCUUCGACUGUGGAAGAUGGAAGAGUUUGUGUAGCGUGGUUACUUCUCAGUUGGAAAGGUAUGAUCUUUGUACGAUAAACAAGUAUGGAUUUCCUUGAUUCUUCGUUGGACAGGCUAGGAACAAGAGUAUGUGUGCGAGAGUAGAUCGUUCGAUCCUCGUGGAGAUUACAAUCCUGCCGAUUUAGGUUCGAUUAGUUAAAGUUAAGCAAGGAUGGAAACGAGGUGACUUAGAGAUGAUUAGCGAAUGUUGAAGUGUGUACGUAGGAAUGAUGGAAAUGAGAUGAUUAGCGAAUGUUAGAACUAUAGUUAGCAAUGAUGGAAACGAGAGAUAUCAGUUGCAAUAAGCGAAAAUACCGGUGCGAUGCGUCGAGAAUGCGAACUGGUUCCGUUCAUUUUCGCUCAAUGAUCCACUUUUGAGACUGAUACACGUAGAGAAAUUAAUAAGUAACCGAUUGGUCGACGCGACAGUGCUGGAAGUUUCUUAAUCCGAAAAAAAUCCGACAGUUAAAACGCUACACUUAUUUCGCAUGGAAAACAAAUGUUUCCCUUUACUUGAACGAAGACUACUUUUUUUUUUUUAAAUCGGUAACAAGUAAACCGCGCAAUCGUCGCGGUUGUAUUUUACUUCUUACGAUAGAAAUUUCCACUGUUCUCGCGUCAAGCAAGAAACAAAUCGAAAGAAGAAGAAAAACGAAAGGCUGCUUCGGUUAGAUAAAUUGCAAUUUCGCGAUAAUCGAAAAGGAGAAUGACUGAUAAACGGAUACAGCGUUGUCUCUGCGCAAACAAAGAACAGAAAAAAAAAAAAGUAACGAAAAUUUCGCAAGCAGCAUUUCACUGUCCAAACGCAACAUUUUUCUUAGGCUUUGUUCGGUCUAAGAAUCUCGUAAAGAUUUCUAUUUUGGGGACAGACUGUCAUUUUUGUUCUUUCCAAGGCAAAUCGUAUCGACGUUUAAGACACUUCGUGAAAGAAGUUGGCGCAUUUUUUAUCGACGAAGAAGACAAAAGAAGAGAACCCCGCCAAAAAAAAAAAAAAAAAAAAA